AUGGGUUUUUCGAACGAGGUUGUUAGCCCCGGAGAGUAUGAAGCAGCACGAAGAGAACUGCUGAAGGAAGAAAAGGCAGCGACACAGCUUUUGCAGCGUCUUGCCGCUUCACGUCGCCAACUACCUAUGGUCGAGAUCAAUGAGCCGGCUCGUUUCAAGUUCGACACGAUGGAUGGUGAAAAAAGUCUGCCAGACCUUUUUGAAAACCGCAAGCAACUUAUCGUAUAUCAUUUUAUGCUCGGCCCCGGAGAUUCACAAGGCUGUAUAGGAUGCACACUCUGUAUGGAUCACAUCCCGGAUCUUCGCCAUCUCUGGAGCAGAAAUACAUCUUUUGCGGCGGUGGCCACGGCGCCAAUCAGCCAGAUCACUGAGUAUGCAAACCGCAUGGGAUGGCAGUUCCCGUUUUAUAGUGCCGCCAAAACUCAUAAGACGUGGCACGAGGCCGAAGCCAAGGGUGAAACUAUCACUUGGAAACCUGGAAACGGCUAUUUUGGGCUUUCUGUGUUUCUGAAAGAUGGAGACAGAUUCUACCAUACGUAUGAUACUACUGAUAGGGGGAUGGAGAUUAUCCUUUCAACCUAUCAUCUUUUGGAUAUGACUCCACUCGGACGGCAAGAAGUUGGAAAUGGAAUGGGCGAAUUUAGGCGUCGUGAUGAGUAUUGA